AUGACUGUCACAGGAGGAUGUGCCUGUAAUGCUGUUAGGUAUACGGCAGAAAUUCUUGAUACUCCAAUAUGCUCACCCGCAACACAGCGCACCGCCAGUGCCUUCAGUGUCAAUAUUAUUAUCGCUUGUAAAGAUUUCAAGAUCAUUCAGGGGGCCACCAAGUGUCACACUUAUAUUGCAGAUUCGAAAAUGUCAUACCAUACCGACUUCUGCGGUGACUGCGGUUCAGCACUCUAUGGCCAGCCCGAGGCCUUUCCGGACACAGUGUCCAUCAAGGCUGGGAGUCUUGAUGAGCCUUUCACUGAUCUGGGCCUGAUUGAUGUCGAGGCUUUUACUACAUUUGUCACUCCGCCGGGGACCAUUCUUUUCCUAGGCGCGCUCUCGCCAGUUGAAAGAGCUCUGUGGCCAAGAAUGCCCGUUGACCUUCCAUGGCAUCUCAUAUCUUACACCGCAGGGUAG